AUGAGAUACAACAACAAGGAAUCUGUGGUAAUUGAAGGUGCUAAACACAUUAAUAAACAGAAAGAUGAAGUGAAACUAAGAGUUUCACCCAGAUUGUUUAGUGAGGUCAUCUAUUUUCUCACUCCAGAACAAAGAAAAUGGGUCCAAAAAGCUGGUUUUUCUCUGCUAUUGGAGUUUCAGUUGGAGAUGCUUCCAGCCAAACUCAGUUACAACGUCCUUCAAAUUUUUGAUCAUAAUUCAGUUUCUCUGAAAAUUAAAGAUAAAGAAAUCAACAUCACAGAAGAUGAUGUAUUUGAUGUGCUGGGAUUGCCGCAUGGAGAUCUAUCAAUAAGACUUGGCACAGAGGACGAAUAUAGAGAAAGAAUAGAUGCAUGGCUUGCACAGUUCAAAUAUGAUAAAGAUCAAAUCACAACCCAAAGACUUGUGCAAGUCAUGAGAGGACAACCAGUUACGGAGAAUUUUAAGCUGAAUUUUCUACUUCUCAUGUCAAAUGCUCUACUUGGAACAACAACUAGUUCUUAUAUUGACAGACAGCUACUGAGGUUUGAUGAUGAUCUUGAUAAUCUAAGGAAGUACAAUUGGCCAGAGUUUUUGCUAGAUUAUCUUGUGCUUGCAACAGAGAACUGGAAUAGGACAACAACCACAUUCUUUCGUGGAUCCCUUGUUUUCCUCACUUUGUUUUAUGUUGACCGUGUAAGAAACAAAGGUAUCAAAAUUGUUGAAAGGCAGUUCCCAUCUUACAAAGGUUGGGAUGUAGAUACAUUAAGGGAAAGACAAGCACUGGAGCUGUUAGGUGGUGGAGCUUUUGGAGUUGGCCAGGUUUUGAAACCACUUAGAGAAUAUUUACAUGAAGAAGAUCCAUUUGAAAAUCAACCAAAGAACCCUAGCAAUUCUGGUACAAACGCUAGCGAACAAAAUGAGAUUUGGGAUGAUUUGAAUGUUUGGCAAACAGUGGAUGAUAUUGAAGCUGACCACAUUAGGAACAAAGAACCACAAAAAGCCUUUUCACCCGAUGAUCCUCAAGAAAAUGAUGGCAACAUAAAUGAAAAUACAAUCAACAGAGAUAGUCAAGAGGACACAGAGAUUGAACCAUCAGAAGAGGAUAUUGUGCAAAAGUUGACAACAAGAGCUCAAGAUAUCUUGGAAGCCAAGUUCCAACUAGAGGAUGACCUGAGGAAGGCAAGGGAAAAAUUUCCAAAUUGUUAUUCACUAAAGACAAUUGAAGAAGUUAUUUGUGAAAACUUCCCUGCAAAAAAACCUCCACCAACAACAAGUUCUACACACGAACAUGUCAAUCCUGCAGUUGAUCCAGACGUUCAUCCACCAAGUAAGGCAAAUGAACAAGAUCAGAAUCCUCCAGUUGAUCCACAACCCUCAACAACUAAUGCACCAGCAGAUCAAUCAAAAGAACCCCCAACAGUCCAAAUGUCUAAUCAAUCAGAAGAACUGGGAGAUAAGGAGCCAGAGAUUGUUAAUGAUUUUGAUCGUGAUUUGAGUCCUAAGAGUCUUGAACAAUUGGAGAUCGCUGAGAAGUUCUAUAUAACAUUUAAAAAGAGAACAAGUCCAGCUAAUAAUCAAGACAAAGACAGUCUACUAAUUCCAAGUUUCUCACUUGGAAUAGAUGAUGAACCAAAUCAAAAUGCUGAUGACUGCACUGUUCCACAACCUCAGGCAAGACAGAAAAGCACAAGACUUAAGAAGAUCGGCCCUCAUGCAAGAUCACCAUAUAUAGACAGAGUGGUUGAUAUAACUAAACACCUUGGCAUUCUUGAUUUUGGUUUUUGGAGCUUUUUAAUCCAGAAAAGUAAUCUGCUGGAAAUUAUCUUUAGAUGCAAAGGGGUGAAAAGCAUUAGGGAGCAUAUUCAAACGUUGAGACCAAAAACAAGUGUGUACUAUUCAGUCAUUGAUGUAUGGGCUACAAUUUUAAAUGAAACUGAGAAGUACAAGUCUGAUGACUCUCCACUCCGCUUCUUUUGUACUGUUGGAGAUUUGACUUUCAGCCUUGAUCCAACAAAAAGAUUUCCAGAGACAUUACCUCUAUUCUCCAAAGGGAUGGACAAAAUACUCAGCACAUUCUCUAUGGAAAGAUUAGAAGAUAUUACCAUGGUAAUAUCAAUUUAA